AGCCUGCACAGAUAAAACAAGCAAGAAAGCCUCCUCCUUCCCAGUUUCUGCCUCUCAGUCUCAGCCAACAAGUUCAGAAUCUCCGGCUCAGGUAACAAAAUUCUCUCUUUUCUGAAACCAUCUGCUAAAUCAAACAUGAAUCCUUACAAAUUUCUGAACCGUUCUUCUCUGAACUUCAAAACAACGACUCACUGCCACUCCUUCGCCCCCUUCUCUUCGAUUUCUCUCCAGAAGACCCCACAAGAAACUCUGUCUCAAUCUCCCAACAUACCCACAAACCCCAUUUUGCCUCUGACCCAUAAUUUCCUCGAGGAAUCGGCUCGGUCCUCUCAGUGGCAUUUAAUCAAACAGAUUGUACCCAAUCUCACUCCGUCGCUUAUCUCCCAAACCCUUCAAAAUCUCCAUGAAACUCCGCAGAUUGUUCUUGAUUUGUUAAACCACUUACACCAUGGCGUAAUUGACGCUGAAUCCCGUUGCCUUGCCAUUGUCAUUGUUGCUCGUCUUCCAUCUCCCAGGCCCUCUUUACAGCUUCUAAAACUGGCUGUUGGCAGUGGUACUACUUCAGUUAGGGAGAUCUUUGAAAUGUUGGCGAUUUCUCGUGACCGAUUAGGUGUUAAAAGUAGUAUUGUUUUUGAUUACUUGGUUAAAUCUUGUUGUGAAAUGAAUAGGGCAGAUGAGGGUUUCGAGUGUUUUUACAUGAUGAAGGAGAAGGGUGUUGCACCCAAGAUUGAGACCUGCAAUGAGUUGCUGAGUUUGUUUCUGAAGUUGAAUAGAACCGAGGCCGCAUGGGUUUUAUAUGCUGAGAUGUUUAGGUUGAGGAUAAAAUCUAGUGUUUAUACAUUUAACAUAAUGAUCAAUGUUCUGUGUAAGGAAGGGAAGCUGAAGAAGGCCAAGGAUUUUGUUGGGCAUAUGGAGAGCUUAGGUGUUAAACCGAACGUCGUUACUUAUAAUACGAUAAUUCACGGAUAUUGUUCGAGAGGGAGAGUCGAAGGGGCUGAUGGUAUUCUGAAUACCAUGAAGAGGAAAAAGAUUCAACCUGAUGCUUACACAUAUGGUUCUCUUAUCGGUGGGAUGUGUAAGCAAGGAAGACUUGAAAAAGCAUCUAAGAUUUUUGAAGAAAUGGUGCAGAAUGGGCUGCUUCCCAGUGCUGUAACUUAUAAUACUCUAAUUGAUGGAUUUUGCAGUAAGGGGAAUUUGGAGAUGUCCUUUGCUUAUAAGGAUGAGAUGUUGAAGAAGGGCAUAAAGCCGACAGUGUCAACUUAUAAUUUGCUGAUUCAUGCAUUGUUUAUGGAGCAAAGAAUUGAUGAAGCUGAAGGAAUGAUGAAAGAAAUUCAGGAGAACGGAAUGGCUCCUGAUGCUAUUACAUAUAAUAUCUUGAUAAAUGGAUAUUGUAGAUGUGGAAAUGUAAAGAAAGCAUUUAGCCUCCACGAUGAGAUGUUGACUAGCGGUAUUUGGCCAACAAAAGUGACAUACACAUCACUUAUUCAUGUUUUGAGCAAAAAGAAUAGAAUAAAGGAGGCCAAUGAGUUGUUUAAUAAGAUCACAAGUAAAGGUGUGUUGCCCGAUGUUAUUAUGUUUAAUGCCCUGAUUGAUGGCUAUUGCUCUAAUGGUAAUGUGGAGCGUGCAUUUGAGCUUUUGAAAGAUAUGGAUAGGAUGAAGGUUCUUCCUGAUGAAGUGACUUUCAAUACCAUCAUGCAAGGGCGUUGUAGGGAGGGGAAAGUUGAAGAAGCCCGUGAACUUUUUGACGACAUGAAGAGAAGGGGAAUUAAGCCCGACCAUGUUAGUUUUAAUACUCUAAUAAGUGGUUAUAGUAGACGAGGUGACAUAAAGGAUGCUUUCCGAGUACGGGAUGAGAUGUUGAACACAGGAUUCAAUCCCACUCUUCUCACUUACAAUGCCCUUAUACAAGGGUUAUGCAAAAACCAAGACGGUGAUCAUGCUGAACAGCUACUUAAAGAAAUGGUCAGUAAAGGAAUCAGACCUGAUGACAGCACUUAUCUCUCAUUGAUUGACGGUAUUACCAAACUUGAUAAUCCAGUUGAAAAUGGGAACUCAUAGAGUAUCAAUUUGGAAGAA